UGUUGGUCAUGUGGUUGCGUCACGUGACAGAGGAGUCAGGCCCAGUAGCAGCGGGACUGAGAGACUGAGACACAGACAGACUCUGGACACUGGGCUUGUUGGGAGGAGCGACGGCUGGCUGGCUGGGCGGAAGUCACACAGGACGAGUCCUAGUGGCUGCCAUCGGCUCUGCCUGUUUAGUCUGCUGAGCCCUGGAGAGGGUGGUGUUCUUCUACCCUCCUCACCGGAAGAUGCACGAUCUCUGUGUAUGGGCGGGAGAACAUCGCUAGUGCUGAUGAUGCCUGUAAAUCCUCCCCCACCCCUCCAUGUCAGAUGUAUUGGCUGUUUGUGAAUGUUGAAGUGCUUGAAUAAAGAUCCUGGAAUGUAUUGAUCCAUUGAAGCUACAGAGGAAUGCUUCGGAGAGAGAGUUUUACUGAAACAAGAUUACUUCUAAGAGGAAUUGUUGGAGUACUGAAUUGGAAGCAUCAGGAGUCCCAACGUUGAGUGGCAGAUGGCUUACUAGACUGCUAUAGCUAAACUGUAGAGCCAGAUGCAGUCCAAAUUGCCAAGUUGAGAGAGUGCCUGUGCAUACCGUAUGUACACACUUCCACAACCACACAGACUGGCAGUUGCAUACUUUGGAGAGUUUUUGCAAUUGAUGAAAAUUAAUUCAAGCUCCAGAUGGAGCAACCUGACAGCACAAGGACCAAAAGCCCAUGGAAUACCAUCUAUUACUAGUGGUCAGUUUUCCAUACAGUCUGCAGCAAGUGAAAAAAACCUUGCAAGAAGCGGAAGAAGAAAAACACCCUCUGCACAGAGUAAAUUAUACAAAUACCUCUAUGAAAUAAAUAAAACUAUCUGAGUGGAGAGGAGAUUGAUAUUGGCAUUCCUGAAGGUGGAAUAAUGCACAAAUUUCUGGUGCUUUUCUGCACUGGACUCUGACAGAUUCAGUUGGGGUUUUAUAUGUAUACUUGUUACGUUUUGACAAAUAAUAAUGUUCUGAUGACUGGAAGGAAGCAAGUUCAGGAGCAAUGGGACAUAUCUAGGGGUGGAACUCCAUAGACUUUAUCAUCCUGUAUUGAGUUUUGCAACUGAAUUUGCUACUUUUCCUUCUCAUUAUUAUUAUUAUUAUUAUUAUUAUUACUACUACUACUGCUACUACUACUACUACUACUACUCGGGUUCCUUGUAACAUGUUACAAAUAUUUGCUAAUAUAUAUUAUUCAAAGCAUUGGAAUCACUUUUUAAAUACAUUCUACAGCUGCCAGUGUGUUGGUUAGAAUUAUGAAUCUGCACUCUGGCGAAGCACCAAUAAGGAAGGAACCUAUUGAAAACACAAAAGAGGCAUGAUGGGAAACCGUAGAAGGAAGGGGAAGUUGGAUUUUCUGUGUGGUUCCCUAGUCUAUUUCUAAUUGGCUCUUUCCUCCUCCUUUCUCAAAUCUGUCAGGAUCUGCAAAUAAUUGCUUACUUGAUGGGCUUUUAGCUCUGGUACUUGUUUUUACAAGAGGAUGAAAACCAAGUCCUACAGUUCUCUUCUAGAGGGAAGAAAAGGAAAAGACAAAGGCAUAAAAUACUCACAAACCGCCCCAUGUUUGGGGGGAGAUUUCAUAGUUCACCUGAGGUGAACAUCUCUACUUUAAAAGCUUAAAAGCUUGAGAUCAUUUGAACAACGACACCAUGACAACUGCUAAAUUUAGAGGGGCUUUUCUUUUCAUGCCUUCGUGUGUCUGCGAGUUGUGAGGAAGCAGGCAAGGCAGUGUGAUAAACUGGGACUCCAGUGAAAGUGACUGGGAAGCUGCCAGCUGCAAAGAAAAUGGGACGGCCCUUGGAUUGCAAAGACCACUGGGUUGCAUUGUAAGCAGUUGAGUUCAGAAAGGGUUCUCCUAUCUGGCUUGGCACAUUGCUGACUGCCCAAAACUCUGGUCUGUGGUCUUGUAUGGUCUGUGUGCCUUUUCCUCUCCUUUAUGCAAUCUAUUUCAGCUUUAGCAGCGGAAAUUUCGUCUGGUGGGAAAGAUCUGCCGGAGGGCAGCUUUGAGAAAAGAUGAAUGAAUGUUCUCUAUUUAUGUGUGUGUGAAAAUCCAAGUGAAGGAAAUCUUUUUAAAGCCUUAAGUUACUUGAAACCUACACAUCUGCAAACCUUUGUCUCUGGAAUUGCAUCAUGCUAUACUGGAAAUCUCAGGCUGUACGAUGAUUAUAUCCAAUUGAGCAAAAAGACAGCUCGCCGUUUCCUUGAACGCCUCUUCUGCAGUAGCUGUUUCUCCAAAGGAUAAGUGUACCCUCACUCUAAUGACUCCAAAUCAAAAUGAACCCAAUUUUGUCUUGGUUUUUUUAAGUAUUACGUUUUCUUAGCCAACUAUCGUCAUCUUUUAUAGAGAAAUUUUUCACUAUGCAUUUGGUGGAUAUUUAUAAAAACUGACCUUCUCUCUCCCCGUAUUCUGAUCUGUCUAAACAUUUGGUCUUAUCAAUAAAACAAAACAUUAGAUUUCUAUUUUCUGCACUAGACAUAGUACUUUCUUAUGUCAAAAGGGAAAAAUUCAGCAAAGCAUGUAUGCAGCAGUGGAACAUGGGCCUGUUCUCUGUAGUGAUUCCAACAUCCUCUGCCUAUCGUGGAAAGGCAGGGUUCCUAAAAGUGAAAAGGAGAAACCUGUGUGCCGGAGGCGAUAUUAUGAGGAAGGCUGGCUGGCAACGGGCAAUGGCAGGGGAGUAGUAGGCGUGACCUUCACCUCCAGCCAUUGUAGAAGAGACAGGAACACCCCUCAGCGAAUCAACUUUAAUUUAAGGGGCCACAACAGUGAGGUGGUGCUUGUAAGAUGGAAUGAACCAUUCCAGAAGCUGGCAACAUGUGAUGCAGAUGGUGGAAUAUUUGUUUGGAUUCAAUAUGAAGGCAGAUGGUCUGUGGAACUUGUGAAUGAUCGUGGGGCACAGGUGAGCGACUUUACAUGGAGCCAUGAUGGAACACAAGCACUAAUCUCCUACAGAGAUGGGUUUGUGCUAGUUGGAUCAGUCAGCGGACAGAGACAUUGGUCUUCGGAGAUUAACUUGGAGAGUCAGAUCACCUGUGGCAUAUGGACUCCUGAUGACCUACAGGUCCUAUUUGGCACUGCUGAUGGUCAAGUUAUUGUCAUGGAUUGCCAUGGCCGAAUGCUGGCCCAUGUUCUCCUUCAUGAAUCUGAUGGCAUCCUGAGCAUGUCCUGGAAUUACCCAAGCUUUUUGGUGGAAGAUAGCAGUGAGAGCGACACCGAUUCAGAUGACUACUCCCCACCACAAGAUGGUCCAGCUGCAUAUCCAGUUCUGGUUCAGAACACCAAACCGCUGCUCACCGUCAGUUUCACAUCAGGAGACAUUAGCUUAAUGAACAACUAUGAUGAUUUGUCUCCUACCAUCAUCCGCUCAGGGUUGAAAGAUGUAGUGGCUCAGUGGUGCACACAGGGAGAUUUGCUGGCUGUAGCAGGCAUGGAAAAACUAAGCCAACUAGCCGAACUUAGCAGUGCUUCCUUUCUGAAAAGUGCACUGGUAAAGUUCUACAAUGUUCAUGGAGAACAUAUCUACACCCUGGAGACACCUGUGCAGCGCCCCAUAAUCUCAAUCUGCUGGGGUCACAGGGACUCACGUCUGCUCAUGGCUUCUGGUCCUGCCCUGUACGUUGUCAGAGUGGAGCACAGAGUGUCCAGCUUACAGCUCCUGUGCCAACAAAGCAUUGCUAGCUCCUUGCGGGAUGACAAAGAUAUCAGUAAAUUGACUCUGCCUCCCAGGCUCUGCUCAUACCUCACCACUGCCUUUACACCAACGAUCAAGCCUCCUAUCCCAGAUCCCAACAACAUGAGAGAUUUUGUUAGCUACCCAACAUCUGGAAAUGAAAGGCUUCACUGCACAAUGAAGCGAACAGAAGAUGACCCAGAGGUUGGAGGACCUUGCUAUACACUGUAUUUGGAAUACUUGGGGGGUCUGGUACCUAUCUUGAAAGGGCGCCGAAUUAGCAAACUGCGGCCUGAGUUUGUCAUCAUGGAUCCUAAAACUGAUGGAAAAGCAGAUGAAAUCUAUGGAAACAGUCUGAUUUCCACAGUGAUUGACAGCUGCAACUGCUCUGAUUCCAGCGAUAUUGAACUGAGUGAUGACUGGGCUGCAAAAAAGUCUCCAAAAAUCACUCGAGCUAGCAAAUCACCCAAACUUCCCAGAAUUAAUAUAGAAGCUCGCAAAUCUCCAAAGUUGUCACGAGCUGCUCAGGAGAUAUCAAGAUCUCCCAGGCUGCCAAUAAGGAAGCCUUCCAUAGGUUCACCAAGUCUAACUCGUAGAGAGUUUCCUUUGGAUGAUAUCACUCAGCACAACUACCUUGCUCAGGUCACAUCAAAUAUCUGGGGAACCAAAUUCAAAAUUGUGGGUUUGGCUGCUUUCCUACCAACCAAUCUUGGUGCAGUUAUCUAUAAAACCAGCCUGCUGCAUCUCCAGCCCAGGCAAAUGACCAUAUAUCUUCCAGAAGUGAGGAAGAUUUCCAUGGACUAUAUAAACCUGCCUGUCUUCAACCCCAAUGUUUUUAGUGAAGAUGAAGAUGAUUUGCCAGUGACUGGAGCGUCUGGAGUUCCUGAGAACAAUCCACCUUGCACUGUAAACAUCCCAAUUGCUCCUAUUCACAGCUCAGCACAAGCAAUGUCACCAACUCAGAGUAUAGGGCUGGUCCAGUCUUUGCUGGCCAAUCAGAAUGUGCAAUUGGAUGUCCUCGCCAAUCAGACGACAGCUGUGGCAGCAGCAGACCAUGUGACUGAUAAUGCAGUCCACUAUCCCAUCCCAAGCAGGUAUUCCAACCCAGGCCAGGUGAUCUUUGGAGGAGUUGAAAUGGGGCGCAUCAUCCAGGCACCCCCUCAGCUACCCCUGCCACCUCAAGGCUCAAUCCAGAUGGCAAUUGUGGACCAUAGAGAUGGAGAGAGAGAUCACGAACACCUCCAGAAAGCUAAAGCUUUGCGUCCAGUACCACAGGUGGCUGAAGGAGAAACAUCUGCCUUCAUUGGUGCCCAAGAAAUUCAGAUGAACAAAAUGAAUCCUCCCCCUCCAUACCCUGGAACCAUACCAGCAGCUCCCACCACAGCACCACCACCUCCUCCAGUACCUCCACAGCCUCCCAUAGACCUCUGCUUGAAAAAGGGAGAUUUCCCCCUUUAUUCAGCAGGGCAUUAUCAGACCCCCCUCGGCUAUGAGAGAAUAACCACCUUUGACAGCAGUGGGAAUGUUGAGGAGGUCUGCCGACCUCGGACCCGGAUGCUGUGUGCCCAGAACACUUACACUCUCCCAGGCCCUGGCAGUUCUGCCACUUUAAGGAUUACUUCGUCAGAGAAGAAGAUUCAGCAACCUUGUACCAGUGCUACCCUGAAUAGGCUGACGGUUCCACGCUACUCCAUUCCAACUGGGGAUCCACCUCCUUAUCCAGAGAUUGCAGCCCAGCUGUCCCAAGGUCGUGGCAUCACACAGAGAUUGGACAACAGCAUAAUCCAUGCUACUCUGCGGAGGAAUAGCAGAGAGGCAGCACUGAAAAUGGCUCAGCUGGUCGACAGCCAGAGGGCCACUCUGCAGCUCCCCCCCAAACUGAAGAGCAAUGUGGUGGCAGCCCAGUACCAGCCGAGGGUGCCAACAGCGCUCUACACCUGCAGCCAGUGCAGCAGCAACAGCGGCAGCAGCAACCCUAAUAGCGGAAGUGGGAACACCGGUGGUGCCAAUGCUAACAGCAGCACGUCUGGCGUCAGCAGCAUGAGACCGGACAUGACAACUGGGAGCAGCUCUCAGCACAGCUCGGUCAUCACACACUCAGUCAGUACUUCGCCUUUGGCCUCCCAGUCCUCUUACAAUUUGCUGAGCCCUCUUGACAGCUCUCGUGAAUGGACAGAUUAUGUAAACUCUGCCUUCAUGGAGGAUGAAGCUCUGUCUCAGCACUGCCCUGUGGAGAAAGCAGUACGCCACCUCCCCGUAGCCGUGUCUGAGCCAGGCAUUGGUGUAAAAAGACCACCUCCCUAUCAGUGGGAACCAAUGGUGAGUGAGGAGAUAUGGGUUCCUCAAGAAAGGACAGCUCAGAGUACUUUGCCUAACCCUGUUAAACCUGCCCCUCUAGUCAUUGGCCAAGCUCAGCAUCUGGAUAUAUCCCGAGCACCAUUUGUUUCCCCCAAAUCUCCAACCAGUCCCACUGCCACUUUCCAGUUGAGUUAUGGGGUUGGAGCACCCUACAUGGGGAGCUACAGUGUUCCUCCACCCCCACCCCCUCCUCUUCAGGGGAUACAGGUCCCCUGUUCUCCCAAAGAAGCUUUGGCCCCACCACAGGUUGCACAACAGGAGCCAACAGUUGUGCUUCAGCCAGGUUACCCCUCUAACCUUGCUUAUUGCCCCUUGCCCCCCAUGUACCCUGGAAAUAGCACUUGCUCGAGUUUACAGCUGCCACCAAUGGCCUUGCACCCAUGGAAUUCAUACAGCACAUGCCCCCCUGCUGCGCAGAGCAUCCAAGGCACUCUGCCCCCCAAAGCACUACUGGUGGUGGAGAAACCUGUUGCGUCUCCACCAACAGCAGAGCCUCAGGGUCACGCGGGCACAGACAUGAUGGCAGAGACAGCAGGCAACUUCCAAGAAGUACUAUCCUUGACAGAGAGCCCUGUUCCUCAACGGACAGACAAGUUUGGGAAGAAGAAUCGGAAACGCCUGGAUAGCCGAGCAGAUGAAGGAAACAUGCAGGCUAUCACAGAGGGGAAGGUCAAGAAGGAGGCAAGGACGACUCUGACUGACUUCAACUCACUGAUAUCCAGCCCUAGGCUGGGCAGGGAGAAGAAGAAAGUCAAAAGUCAAAAGGACCAGUUGAAAUCAAAAAAACUAAAUAAGAUGAACGAAUUUCAGGACAGCUCAGAAAGUGAGCCUGAACUGUUUAUUAGUGGGGAUGAACUAAUGAACCAGAGCCAGGGCAGUAAAAAGGGGUGGAAAACCAAAAGGAACUUGAGGACAGCCAGUGAACUGGAUGAAUUUAAGUGCCGGAAAGCAAACGAAAAGGAGGACGGGCGGCUGGGAAGCCAGGGCUUUGUAUAUGUGAUGGCUAACAAGCAGCCCUUGUGGAAUGAGGCAACCCAAGUCUAUCAGCUGGACUUUGGAGGAAGAGUGACCCAGGAAUCUGCAAAAAACUUCCAGAUUGAGCUGGAAGGGAGACAGGUCAUGCAGUUUGGGAGGAUUGAUGGCAAUGCUUACAUUUUGGACUUUCAGUAUCCAUUUUCAGCAGUGCAGGCCUUUGCAGUAGCUCUGGCAAAUGUGACUCAACGCCUCAAAUGAAAAGCGAAAAAGACCAGAGAGAAAGGGGGGGAAACCCUAAUAAAUCUUUCUCAUAAGGGCCAACCUGGGAAGUGCCAAGGAGGCCUGGCAGAAAUGUGCAAAGGAUUCUGAGAGAAAAGAAGGAAGUGCAACUGGAAAAAAAAUCUCCAAGUGCCCAAAGGAGGGCAUCAACUUUAAACAUUAUUGGGGAUAGGGGUGGGGAGUCUUUGGUUUGGGAUUACUUUCUUUGAAUCAACAUGUGUGCUGUUUUUUCAGGGCGAGCCAAGAAGGAGAGCUGUUCAGUGUUAUGUUGGGAAAUGUGGCUUUCGGCUUGUUGUGAUGGUCCUUCUGUAUUUGCUGCAAAAAAAAAAAUAGCUGAUGUAAGCUGAUAGAGGGAUAUUUAAAGACUGCCCUUCUUUUUCUUUCAUUCUUUUAUAGACUGCCUUAUAUUAUGCUGUUCUUUUUAAAGCAGGGAACACAACUUUUUUUCUUGGACCGCUUUGUACUAUUCACAUUAAUAGUAAUAGCGAAGAAAAAAAAAUGCUAUAAUUUACUUGAAGAGACAUGUUUCUUCUCUGAUAACUGAGCACUGUAGACACCAUGGAGAUUUUUCAGAAGUCCAUACCUAGUUUCCAAAAUGUUAUUCAAAAGAAAAAGAAAACUGUUACAUUUUGGAUGGUUUACAAAAGACAAUGGUCUGGUUCAUACGUAAGGCUAAGUCCAACUAUGGCUUAGUGUAAACUAACAAGUGUGCAGGUACAGAAAAUAAAACCUGACCACUUGACUCUGCUUCUGGUCUUGCUGCUGCCAUCUACCUGAAGCUAAGUCAUGGUUUGGCUUAGGGUUGCAUGUGAACCCAUGCUUGUGGUUUAACUUACUCCAAACAAACCACAAGCUGUAGCCAAGGUUUUUUUUCUUGGUAAAUCAUUAGUUUGGAUACCACAGCUAUCACUCGCCAGUGGCAGAAGCAGGAAACAUUAGAACAGAUGCCCUGGAUUCACUGAUAAAGAAAAAACACCAGAAAAAAUAUCUAGGCCUCCAAAUGGUGUCAAAAUAGAUGAGGAAACUCAUAAAAAUGUCAGUUGCCUGAUGUGUGUCAGUAGAAACAGUCCUCAGGGUCAUUUGAAUAUUAUUUAGUUGUAAUAAUCCAGCAGGAAGACAAGUUGCCCUGCUAGAGUAUUACAACAAAAUAAGAGAUGUGUCCCUGAGAAAGCUUGCUACAUAACCACAUUGGGCAACUGACAUUUUUAUGAUAGUUUCCUCAUCUAUUUUGGCACUAUUUUGAGGCCUGGCUCUCUUUAUUGGCUGCACUCAUUGAUCAUGACCACCCUCCCCAGGAAACUAGCAGCCUAAGUAAUUCAGCAUUAGAAUAUUCUUUCCAACAGCCCUCACUUUAGAAUAAUACAAUUUGCCACAGUCUUAGAGCACUUUCAUCAUUCACUGCCCAUGGAAUGAUACAAUGCAUGGUUUCUCAAAGGUGACCACUAAACUCUUGUGUGUGCAUUUGUUCUACUGAGUCCAUGGAUUCUUCUGUAUGAAAUGGAAGAAGAGGCUGCAAUCAAGAAAAAACUUAGGAGGAUAAUACACACAACCCCCCUCCACACACACACAGUGGGGUGUAUUCACUCAUUUGGCUUGGGUGGGAUAACUAAAGAGGUUGCAAUGAAAACACUUGGAUGGCAUAGCGGUCCCCUUUCUGGUACAGAACCUGCAGACAACUGGAUGGGAGCAGAACACAUGCCCUCUCCAUGGUUUCCUAAUUACUGGCAUACAAAACGUUGAUGCAGUGUGACUAGACCUUUGGCCAGUAUACCUUGUCUGUGGCUACCUUUGCAGUCCAGUAAUGGCCAGUGUGGUGGGUCAGAGCUGCGGAGCCAUCCUCCUGACACUGGCAUUGCUGCAGCUCACUUAAAUAGCAAGGUAAGAGCUGUGUGGAUGUAGCUGUGGAAAUGCCAGAUUUGCUCCACUGGUGCAUCUGCACAGCCCCAACCUCACUGCUGUCUAUCCCCAACCACAUCCAGGUAAGCAGCAGCAACACCGGGGGGGGGCGCUCCACCCCACAUCACCGACCACUGCUGUUGCAGUCACAGCUAAAGACUAGUUUGGGAAUCAGGAGAAAGGCUAAUUAGGUCAAUAAGGAACUACGCAGAGAAUUUUGGUCAAAAUAUGCCUUAAAUGGGAGAAUGUCUCUUGAUCUACAAUGUAAAAUGGAGCUUUAAGUUUAGGCCCAUAUAAAAUGCAUAUUUUUGUAUGGCAUUUAUUUAGUAGCAGUACAUAUCAUCAUAGAAUCACACUUAAAAGUUAAAUCUAAAAUAUUUCAAAAUAAAACCCAGGCAACAAGAUCCAACAUUUUCGGGGCUGGCACCAGCACCGGGCAUUCUUAGGCAGCUGCCCUGGUCUCAGUGGCUCAGCAAGACACACUGAUUGUGCCUGCUCUGGGCCUGCCUUUUAAAAAGAAUCUGGCCUUAUACUCUGAGCACAGCCAGGCAGCUGAAUGCAGCCAACCUUCUCAUUUCCCACAACGUCCCCAACCUAUCAUUGCUCUUGGGCCUUGUGAGAAAUUUAAAGGGUUGCGAGAUCUAGGUGCCCAGAGCACUGCUUCCACAAUCAGGCAAAUCUACCAAGGCCUGCCUACUGACAGCAGACUGGUGCCACCAGAGGACAUUGCCCAGUGCCCCUUCAUAUCUGGAGUUGUCCCUGAAUGUGCUAACCAUGUGUCAAUGUAAUAACUGGAACCCUAUAAAGAAAUUAAGCAAAUAUAAAGAAAAGCACUGAAGCCUUAGGACCAAAAUGAGUUAUAGGGGUUGGGUUUUUUUUGCAGGAGAGGUGGAAGUAUCCUUGCAAAGUGGAGUACUAACAAAGAUAGUGGAGUGGAAGAAAGUGGAAUCCUAAUGAAGAAUAGAUCACAGCUGUGUAAGAGCAAUCUGAAUCAGUAGAUAGGUUUGCACAGGUCACUGUGUGGUGAAAUUUCUCCAGACUUAUUACUGGGAUGAAAGAAGCCCUGUGAUCCUGUCCCUGCUUUAUUUGAGGUUCGUAAUACAUGUCUGUGAGAACUCGCCCAAUAUAUUGUCUUGAAGGACAUUCUCUUUUAUAUUUAUUUUUUUUGUCUCCAUAAACUUGAAAUUAAAUUAUUUACAAGAAGCCCUGGAAAUACAGAAUCCAGGCCUAACAGUAAGCAUUUCAUUUGAAGGGAAGUCUUGGAAGAUGUAUAGAAAAUAAAGCAUUUUGGUGCUGUGGCUUGUUUUUGUUGUUUUUGUGAAAUGAAAGGCAAGACCAGCUAACCCAGUAAGAAGACAAAAUUAUGGAACCAAAAAGACCAUAUUUGCUAUUUGCAUUAAAUUCUGCAUUAAGCUCCUAUUCAUUUGAGCAGGGUUGGUUUUCCAUACAUCUAUACAAAAUAUAAUUGGAUCUAGUGGUCUACCAAAUCAGAAUCCAGUGCAUUUUGGAGACUGCAACCCAUACAUUAUUAAGGUGUGCCUGUGCUGCAGUAGAAUCUUGGCUGGUUGGCUAAUAGAGCUGGCUCUCAGGAUGCAAGGUAUAAUCUUGAAGGCACAUGAUGCAGCAACUUUGCUGGAGCUGUAUAGAUCUGGGUUUGAUCAGUGCUUGUAUAGGGGACUAUGUAUGCUGUCUUGAAUUACAUGGAAGAAAGGUGGAGUGUAAAUGGGUGAGAUAUAAAAAUAUGUAAAUUCUGGGUUCCUGCAGGAAACGGUCUACAGCAUCUUGUGUAGGUGGAGUAUUUCUUAAGGCCCAUGUCAAUUUUACUUUUCCUGUUAGUAUCUUUUAAGAGCUGUGUAUAGAAGAGAUGUGUAUGUGCCUGAAGAAGACCUUAAUCUGACAUAGAAUUAAUGGACCAGUUUUGAGAAGCUUUGCAUUUGACAUUACCAAGUUUUGCAUCUUUGGCCAUUUCAAAAAUUGUGUUAAGACAGACCUAAGUUUGCCCAACAAGUGUACACUCAGUAGGGAGCUAUAGCCAAUCAGAGUUCCCUGGCAAAACCAUCUGUAUUAUAUAUUUGCCGUUUAUAUUUUUGAAUAUGGAUCAAAACAAAAUGAAAUGUGUGAACUAGCUCUCACAAGCAUGUGGAAAGAUACAAGGAGAAAGUUAUGUUAGAGCAGGCCCUUAUAUUGAACAGGCUGACAAUACGUGGCUGUGGCUUAUAGAUCUGUGUGUGCUGGAAAAGAGAGAUAGCUAUAUCCUUUUCUCGUCCUUCCAGCUCCUUUGGGCCUAUGUACCAUUGGAAUUGUCUUUCCUACAUUGCCAUGUAACUUCUUUCAGGGCAAGAUGGUCAUAGCAGCCAAGGAGCUGGUCAAAUCCUCCUGUUUAUGAUCCCUUCCUGUCUACAAGAGUGAUGAGACAUAUGAAACAAAUUUUCAUUUGGAACUUUAAUGGCUUAUGAAGAAAUUCUAAAAAGUAACAAUUUUCAGACUUAGUGGAAGAAUUGGGCAAAGCAGAUACAUUUUGAGAUUGCAUUCCAUGUUGCACAUCUAAUUGCAGUCCUAUUGUUCCAUACCAAUUCCAAAUUAUUUGGGUAUGGAGAGAAUUAAAAAAUCUGAUUCAAACCUUUUAAUAAUUUUAAUUUGUAUUUAAACGAAUGCAUACAAUCCAAAAGAUUGUAAUCUGAUUGAGGUGUUCUGGAGAGUUAGUAAGGUCUUCACUUGUUGAAUGUUUGCUCAGUAUUUAUAAAUGGUUAUCGGAAAGAGGCAUUCAAAUAGCUUGUUAAGAUGAAAUGAAUAAAAAUAAUAGAAGAUGCUUGUAUUUCCGUUGUUUUGUUAAAAUAGUGUUCAAUGAGCUCAUGUCAUAACUUCCAUCAUUCUUGUCAUUUCGGGUCUGUAAAUUUUAUCUUUUUUAUUUUGUCCAUUUGGUCUUCUGUUCUAAUCGCCCACCUCCAGUCUGUGUUUUUAUCUUCUCCUGUUAUUUAGCAGGGGAGGGUUUUAAGCUCUUGCUGUUUGUUGUAUAUACAAUUUUUUGUAUUGUUGUGGAAUUGCAUGGGGAUACAUUUGGUUGAAAAGGCACUGUAAUCUUUACUGGAAAAGUGAUAUUUUUAAAUUUUGCAUUUGUUUAUAAAUGCAUUAUUUGGGUACUGUAACUUUGGUGAUUGUUUCAGAAUUUAUUACUUGCCUUUAAAAUUUUUAUUUGAAGAUUAUUUUCAUUUUUUAAUUUUCUUCAAGUUUUAAUAAAAACAUAUAGUCAGGUGCAUGGAUUUCCUAACCAUGCAAAACCUGCAUGAUGAUCUCAGUUCUACAAAGAAAAUGGUACACUUAUCUGACCACUGCUCCAUACCUGCAGUAUUUUUAAAUGGCCUUUGUUUUUGUUUUGUUUUGUUUUAAAUAUGCCAUUCAGAUCUUGCCCUGACCUGCCUCUCCUGUUUUGUGCCCUGUGUAAUAGAUUGUGAAGAAGGUACCUAGAAAGCAUUAAAUGGUUUCCCUUCAAAAAUGUGGUUUGUCCAAACUUUUGACUGUCUACAUGAUUGAGAUUGGGUCAGUUGCCCUAUUUUUCUUGAUGAUUUCGAGUUGUCAGAAUU